CUCUCCUUCUCCAACCCCACUACUCCUUCCUUCUAGAUCCGAUUGAGAGAGAAAGAGAGCUCAGGGUAGAUCGGGCUCGUUACACUGCCCUAGACUCGACCCGAGACGUUUCCUCCAAACUGCAAGCCCUCGAUUUAGAUCCGGAAGCCGAUCGACCGAUGGACGCGACAAGACCGACGACCGAGCAGACGCCGCAACUUACCAUCAUCGAACAGAUCCGGCGCCAUGCAAUCUCCGGCGCCGUCUGCGGCUCCGUCGUCAACUUCGUCGAGGGCGCCUUGAACUCGCCGAGCGGGAGACGCCUCUCCGGCGGAGCUCUGGCCGUCCCCAAGAACGCGCUCAGAAUCGGCAGUUUUGCGGCCUGGUUUGGCGUCGUCAAAUCGAUUAGGUUGGCCGUGGCACCGGAUUACCCCUUUGAAACCACGGUCGCCUGGGGCGUGACCGAUGCCCUCUUCUCCAUGCGUCAUGGGCUGCGCGCGGCCGGCCGCUCCGGGAUCAGAGGUGCGGCCCUCGGCGUGCUCGUCGACAUGGCCGAACAUAGCUAUAAACGCCCCGGUGCCUCACAUCCACCGGCGGCAGAUGAUUGCUGCAGCACCCCUGAGUCGCCUGCUUGCCCGGCUGGGAUUCCCGCUGCCACACGUCGUGUUUGCUUCCUGUUAGUUUGUGUUUACUUUUUUUUUGUUGCGGGUAAGUUUGUUUUUACUUUGCAUGCUAGUCAAACUGUAUUCUUUAUCUCUAAAAAAUUAGAGUAUAACCCAACAUUUCUCCAGCUUCUCAUGCGAAACAAUAUUACCAACUGGUAUUUUUUAUGUAUAUAUAUAAAUUCGGUGCAGCAAUAA